UUUUGUUAUUGUAUUUAUUUUUUUGUUGGGAUUCAAAUUUAUUCCUGUGAUUAAGUUGGUAAUUUCGAAUCAUGGCUGACAGAUCGCGAAGACAGGUUAAGAAGAAUCAAGAUCUACAGCAUAUACUGUUUAAAGAACGUGAAAGAAGUCAAAUGCGACAGGUACGAAGAAUUUUGAAGAAAACAUGUUUAGAAAGAACAGAAGAGGAACUAAAAAUGUUAGAUAGCGUACCAGAAUUAGUUAGUCAUAUUCAAAAUAGUAUUCAGAAGCACCAAUGUUUGAAAGAAAGAGCAAAAGAGGUAAUUGAUUCGCCAGAAGUGUUAUCAAUAAAAUGUGCUGAGCUUGCUAAAGCUAUGAAAGAAUCUUCUUGCACUGUUGUUUACACAGGAGCUGGCAUUAGUACAUCUGCAGAAAUACCUGAUUAUCGUGGGCCUGAAGGUGUAUGGACUCUUCUGCAAAAAGGCAAAGCUGUUGUAUUUAAAGAUCUGAGUCUUGCUGAACCUACCUUUACCCAUAUGGCACUGAAGCAAAUGCAUAAAGAAGGACUAAUAUCUCAUGUUGUUUCUCAAAAUUGUGAUGGGUUGCAUUUAAGAAGUGGUUUGCCAAAAAGUGCUUUAUCAGAAGUCCAUGGAAAUAUGUUCAUAGAGGUGUGCACUAAAUGCAAACCAAUAAAGCAGUAUGUUCGCCUUUUUGAUGUCACAGAACGCACUGGUUUGCAUAGGCAUAAAACUGGACGCUUUUGCAAAAAGUGUGCUACUGAGCUGAAAGACACAAUUGUUCAUUUUGGGGAAAAAAGUAUUUUACCUUGGCCAAUGAACUGGAAAGGAGCUGUUAAGGCUGUAUCAAAGGCUGAUCUUAUAUUAUGCCUUGGCACAAGUUUAAAAGUGCUGAGAAAAUAUCAUUGUCUUUGGGUAACUGAUCGGCCUCCUGGCAAGAGACCAAAAUUAUUCAUAGUAAAUCUUCAGUAUACUCCAAAGGAUUCUCAAGCAACAUUGAAAAUUCAUGGCAAAUGUGAUGAAGUGAUGAAACAUCUCACGUCUCAACUAGGAAUUCAUGUUCCUCCAUAUGAUAAAGAAAAUGAUGCCAUUUUUCAACUAUCAACACCUCUAACACCCAACGAGUUAUCAACUACAACAAGACUAUUUUUAACAAAAGAAGAACCAAUCUCUGAACAAGAUUCCAAGGAUGUUUCAAUGCAUAUUGAUUGUAAAUCAGAAAUCAAAGAUGCGCCUUUUCAAAAACAUGUUGAUAACCCAUUAUCUUUUAGCCUUGACUCAUGCAGUUUACAACCUCAAGUUAAGUUAUUAGAUGUUACAUCAGCUAGUUCCUUAUUAAAAAUAAAUGCCGAAAAAAUUGAUUCAAGGACAUACUUUUUAAAAAACAAGAAUGGAAAAUCAACUGUUCAAAACUCCUCAAUUUCUGGUUGGUAUGGAAAGGGAUGUGCGAAAUGGAUGAAACGUAAAAGGAAAUCAAAUAUUAGUCUUAAGAAAAUGAAGAUGGACCAAGAUUCAUAGGAUUUUAUUCUUUGUAUAUACGUUGUUGAACUAAGUUUCUUGUAUGUAUAAUAUUCCAAGAGUACACUUUAAAAAAAAGUGCAAGAAUCUCAAAUGAAUAACUUUUUAAAUGUUCUAUGAUUGAAUCACAGUAAACUAAUUUAUCUUAAGCUUAAUUUAUUACAAAGGUAACAAAACCAUUUGU